AUGGCAAAGAGGAUAGUGUCACUGCUGCUUUUGCUGUUGUAUUAUGUUUGUGUCCCAGCCGCAGCUCAAAUCUGUAGACUGCUGAGCAACCCAGCACAUCCUCUACUUUCUACUGAAAAAGACAUCAACAUUGGGGCAAUUUUCACAAUCCAUACAACCGCUGUGGUAAAUAUACAGCCUUUCACUUCCAAACCAGAACCAACAAAAUGUAUCAGCUUAAACUUGCGUGAGUUUAAAUUUGCUCAGACACUGAUUUUUGCCAUAGAGGAGAUUAACAACAGCACACAACUGUUGCCUGGUGUCACUUUGGGCUAUAAAAUAUAUGAUGCCUGUGGCUCUGUAUCUCAGACUGUCCUGUCAGGCAUGGCUUUAAUGAAUGGCUAUGAAGAGACUUUGCAUGAUCAGUCCUGUUCUAAACCACCAUUUGUUCAUGCCAUUGUUGGACCAUCAGGCUCCACUGCCACCACUGGCACGGCCUCAUUAGUAGGACCAUUUAACAUCCCUGUUGUCAGUCAUUUUGCCACAUGUGCAUGCCUGAGUGACAGAAAAAGGUUUCCGUCCUUCUUCAGAACAAUACCCAGUGAUUAUUACCAAAGCAAAGCGCUGGCUCAGCUUGUCAAACACUUCGGUUGGACUUGGGUUGGAACGGUGAGGAGUCGCAAUGACUAUGGUAACAAUGGAAUUGCAGAAUUUGAAAAAAUAGCAGAACAAGAGGGGAUUUGUAUUGAAUACUCAGAGGCCAUAAUUAGAACUGAUCCGAAAGAGCAGCUGCUAAAAACACUGGAAGUGAUUAAAAAGGCCACAUCCCGCGUGGUUGUGGCUUUUGUAUCACACAGCGAUUUUGUUCCCUUCCUGAAAUUAAUAGCACAACAGAACAUCACUGGGCUGCAGUGGGUCGGCAGUGAAUCUUGGAUCACUUCUCAAAUUAUUGCAGAAACAAAGGAACUUAGUUUUCUCACAGGAGCUGUGGGCUUUGCUGUAGCGAACGCAAAGCUUGACGGAUUGCGGGAGUUUCUAGUGACUGUGCACCCUCAUCUAGAACCAAAAAAUGAACUUUUGAAGGAAUUUUGGGAAACUGUUUUUCAGUGCUCUUUCAGAAACACCGGCAGUGGCACACGUGUCUGUACUGGCUCAGAACACUUAACAGAACUACAAAAUGAAUAUACUGAUGUAUCAGAGCUGCGCAUAGCUAGUAAAGUGUACACAGCAGUGUAUGCUAUCGCACAUGCACUACAUAAUUUAAUAAAUGAUGUCAAAUCUGCCACCAACAUCAGCAAAGGAGAUCUGCCAACACCACUGAAGGUGUUGGAGUAUAUAAGAGAUGUCAAAUUCACUGUCAAAACUGGUGAGAAAAUCUUUUUUGAUGCAAGUGGUGACCCUGGAGCAAAAUAUGAUCUGGUGAACUGGCAGCCUGCUGAAGAUGGAAGUCUGCAGUUUAAACUUGUUGGUGUGUAUGACAGCUCACUGCCUUCAGAGACACUCCUUCAAGUUGAUCAAGAAAACAUGGUAUGGGCUGAAAACAGCAGACAGGUGCCUGUGUCUGUGUGCAGUGAGAGUUGUCCUCCAGGCACUAGGAAGGCUGUACAGAAAGGAAGACCUGUCUGCUGUUAUGACUGUAUUCUAUGUGCAGAUGGAGAAAUCAGUAAUGAGACAGAUUCUAGUGACUGCUUUCUGUGUGAUUUGGAAUAUUGGUCGAAUGAAAACAAAGACAAAUGUGUCUUAAAAGUGACAGAAUUCCUUUCCUAUACAGAAAUCAUGGGGAUUGUGCUUUCUAUUUGCUCAUUUAUUGGAUUAUUAUUAACAUCAAUGAUAUCUUUUGUGUUUUAUCUUCAUAAAGAAACACCUAUCGUGAGAGCCAACAACUCAGAGCUGAGCUUCCUGCUGCUCUUCUCAUUGACUCUGUGUUUUCUCUGUUCACUUACUUUCAUUGGUCGCCCCACUGGAUGGUCCUGUAUGUUACGUCACACAACGUUUGGGAUCACUUUUGUCCUCUGUAUCUCUUGUGUUCUGGGGAAAACAAUAGUUGUGCUAAUGGCCUUUAAGGCCACACUUCCAGGAAGUAAUGUCAUGAAAUGGUUUGGGCCUGUACAACAGAGACUCAGUGUUGUUUCUCUAACUUUAAUACAGGUCAUAAUUUGUGUGCUUUGGUUAACAAUAUCUCCUCCUUUCCCACAUAAAAACAUGAACUAUUACAGAGAAAAGAUCAUCCUGGAAUGUCAUGUAGGUUCUGAUGUUGGUUUCUGGGCUGUUCUUGGUUAUAUUGGUCUGUUAUCAAUCUUGUGUUUUGUUUUAGCUUUUCUGGCUCGGAAGCUGCCUGAUAACUUCAAUGAGGCUAAAUUCAUCACAUUCAGUAUGCUCAUAUUCUGUGCUGUGUGGAUCACAUUUAUUCCAGCUUAUGUCAGUUCUCCUGGAAAAUUUACUGUAGCUAUGGAGAUAUUUGCAAUUUUAGCUUCAAGUUUUGGUUUAUUAUUUUGUAUAUUUGCCCCCAAAUUUUACAUAAUUUUGUUAAAACCAGAGCAAAAUACAAAGAAACAUAUGAUGGGGAAACCGUAA